AUGAGCCCAUGCUCACCAAUCCCGCACCAAGGCGCAUUAGUCUCCAGCUAUAAGCUGCCAAGCGGAAUACUCCUCACACAUCUCAACUGCUCCUCCCUCCGCAACGAAACCCCAUCAACACUGAUCCCGAAUCCCAGCGCCACAAGCUGCAGCAUCUCGUCUUUCAUCCAGCAAAACGAGUCCACCUCGCGGCAGUCUCGCCGGAUACGGAGUGACGAUCUCCUCAAGGUCCGUGCAGAAGUCCCCCACACGCAGAAAGAAGGCGAGCUGCAGCCGCAUCCAAACAUCAAGAAAAGCUGCUCGCUGAACGCGCGCCGCUGCGUCUCCUUGUCCGAGCACUCGAGAUACACACAGUCUAGCCGAUCUCCCCGAGGGCGACUAGCGGGCAGGGGGAUUGGGCCCUCAGCUCGUUGCAAAGUUGUAUGUCUCGUCGUCCGCGUGGUGGAUCUCGGCAGCAUGGUACAGAUGCUCCCCGAGGGUCAUUGUGCAGGUGUUGGGAUACUGCUUGACUAUUUAGGAUCUCGUGCACCCGGCUAA